AAUGGGAGUACCAAAUUUCUAUUCUUGGUUAUCUAAAAGAUAUCCUAUGUGCAAAUACCCUUUUACCAAACAUCAUGGACAUCAAAUUGAUUUUCUUUAUCUUGAUAUGAAUUAAGUCAUUUAUAAAUGCGCAACCAAUUAAACAAUUUUAAAGGAUUAUAUGAUUGAAAAGAGCGUAGAAGCACUAUGGACAUCUAUUUUAAAUUAUAUUGAUGCUAUUAUUGAUUUAGUUGAUCCUAAAUUAGUUAUUUAUUUGACAUUUGAUGGAGUAGCUCCAAGAGCUAAAGCUAAUUAAUAAAGAUAGCGUCGAUUUGCAUCUUCUAAAGGUGAUGCUAAAAUUAAAUAAUUACUUAAAUAGUUAGAUCUAGAAUAAUAAAACCAAACAUUUAAAAAUAAUUAGAUUACUGCAGGAACAGAAUUUAUGUAUGAAUUAAAUGAAUAAGUUAAAUUUUUUAUCUAUCGUAAAUUUUAAGAAGAUCAAAAAUAUAAUAAUUUAUAAGUUAUAUUCUCAGGAAGUGAUGUUCCUGGAGAAGGAGAACAUAAAAUACUUGAGUUUAUGAGAGCAAUUAAAAAAUAAUAAAAUUUUAAUCCUAAUUGGACUCAUUGCAUUUAUAGUGCUGAUGCAGAUUUAAUCAUGCUUGGAUUAGGAAUAAAUCUUAAAUAUGUAUCAAUAAUAAGGGAAUAAUGCAAUAUGGAUUAAAUUAAAACCCAAAUUGCUUGUAAAAGAAGCGUAGAACAGAUUAAAUUUGAAUUGAUCAACCUUUAAAUAGUUAAAGAAUAUUUAGAUCUAGAAUAUCAAAAAAUUAAUAUGAAAAUUACCUAUAAUAUUGAUCGAAUUAUAGAUGAUUUUCUUUUACUAUUCUUUUUAAUUGGAAAUGAUUUUCUACCUAGAGUUUACUGCUUUGAUAUUAAAUAAGGCACAGUAGAAUUAUUAAUAUAAACAUUUAAAUAAUUUUUAGAAUAAUGCGAUGAUUAUGUUACAGAAGAUGGAUGGAUUAAUUGGAAGUCUAUGUCAUUAUUAGUAAAGUUGUUAUCUGUAUUUGAAAUUAAGGCAAUUGAAAAAAGAUUGGAAGAAUUAAAAAAAUAAAUGAAGGACACAGAUCACCCAGAAUAUUUAGAUUAUAAACUUUAAUGGUAAGAUGAAUUGAAAAUACUAGAUGCUUUAAACAUUUAAUUUGCAAAUAAUAAUUCUGUUGUUGCUAGAAAAUUAUUUUAUGAAAAUAAAUGUAAAAUAGAUGUAGACACAGAAAAUGGUAAAAAAGAAUUAAAUAAGAUUAUUGAAAAAUAUUUAGAGGGAUUUUAAUUCGUUUUAAGUUACUAUUAUCAUGGGAUUCCUUCAUGGGAAUGGUAUUAUUGUUACUAUUACUCUCCAAUGUGUUUAGAUAUAUAUGCAUAUUUGAGCAAUAUAUAACUAGAAAAAAUGUAAAUUAUGUAUUAAUAAAAAUUAGAUAAUUUAGUUAGAGUAAACCAUAUGAUCCAUAUCAAUAAUUAUUAUUGAUUUUACCUCCACAUAAUGCUAAUUUAUUACCUGCUCCUUUUAGAGUACUUUAUGAUUAACAAUCUCCAUUGAGAACACCAUUUGAUUAUUAUCCAGAUGAAUAUGAAGUAGAUCCAUUUGGAGCAAUAUGGGAACAUUAAUUUAUUUGCAAAGUUCCAUUUAUGAACUCGAAUUUAUUGGUUUCAGAAUUUUAAAAAAUUGAUUAAAGUUAAUUGAAUGAGUUAGAGAGAAAAAGAAGUACUUUUGGACAUGCUUAUCUUUUUGUUAAAACUUAAGAAAAAAUCACAAAGGUUAAAUCUAUAUUACCAAAAAUAUUUAAAGAUAAGAAAUAUAGGACUAAAUAAAUUUAAUUAAGUGGAGAUAUUGUAAAAGAUGGACAAGAAGUUUUAUCAAGAAUUAAUUUAUAAUUUUAGUAGGAUUAAAUAGAUAAUUUACCAAAAUUACCUUCUCUUUUUGUUUUAAAAAUUAAUAAAUCAUGGUUAUCAAAUAGAAAAGAUAAACAAAAAAAUCAAAAAAUAUUGAGUAUUGAGUUAGCUUCUAAAAAUAUAGAAUUUUUAAAUAAAAUAGAAGAGGCUAGCAAUUUAAUUUAAAAAUAUAAUUGUUUUGGUGGAUAUCCAUAAAAUUAUUAUGGAGAACUUGCCCUUGUGGUAAGUAAAAAUUAAUUCAUUUUUUUGAAAAAUUAUCAGUUGAAAAAUAUAUAAAUACUUUAAGAAUUUAGAGAUGAUAUUAUUAAAGAAGUUUAAGACGAUAUAUAUGAUUUCUUAAAAUCUACAUUAUAAAUAAAAUUAGAAACAUAGGGAUUAUUUAUAGAAAAAAUUAAUGCAAUAGCAGUAGUGUAUUUUUAUAAAGAAAUAGUAAGAAAUUCAGAUAGAUCAUAUGAUUAUAAUAUGUUGAAAGUAAGAGAAGAAGUGAUGCCAUUAGAAUGGAUUUCAGAUUAGAAGAUAGUAAAUUUGAUGGAUUAUCGAAUAUAAAAUUAGAAUGAUUUAAUAAAUAAAAAAGUGAUUGUAACUUCUAAGGAUAAUAAUUAAAUAAAUGGUUCAAUAGGUUAUGCAUAAAAGAAGGCUUCAGAAGAUUAAUAUAUUGUAAAGAUUUUAAGAUAACUAAAUAAAGUUAACAGUGAUAAUAAAGUUAAAAAUUAUAAAUAUUUUGAUGUAAAUUUUGUGGCAGAAAAAUUGAAUAUAUCUUAAGAAAUAAUACAUUAUCUACUUGGUUAAGUAAAAGUUUUUAUUGGAGAUAAGAAAAAAUAAACUGAUAUAAUAGUUUAAUAAAUUGAUAUAGGAUUUAAUGCUGUACAUAAAGGCAAAAAUUAAUUAGUACCUGAGCUUUUGAGAAUACAUGAAGCUCAAUUUGAUUCUGAAGGAUAUGAAAGGUUUCGUCAAUUUGAAAAAGCAGAAAUAUCCGAAAUCUUAUUUAAUGAUAUUGAAGAAUAUGUGAAAAGGCUACCUGAAUUGAUUGUAUAUUUAAAAUCAGCUGUAUAAUUAUUUGAAUUAAUUUAAGGGUAAAGAAAAAUUGAGAUCACUGCACUAAAUAAAAAUAUCGGAUAUUUUCAAAGAUGAUGUUUAGAAUGGUAUUAAUGUUAUUUUGAAAUUCUACACCUGGCUUUUAACACUUCCUACUUCACAAUAUACUCUAUGUAAUGUUGCUUCAUCAACUUAUUCAAGUUAAACAAUAAAAGCUUUAGAAAAAUUGAAAUAGUCUGAAAAAGUUUAAAAGACAUUAUUUAGUCAUUAAUGUUGGUUAAUAAAUUUAGAACAGUAUUAUGUUCCACCUUUAAUGACAGAACAUCCUAAAAUUCAUUAAUUGGGAGAUAGAGUUGUAGCAUUAAAUGUAAUACUUAUUUUAUAAAUAGAAUGAUUAUUCAAAUUUUGGUGCUUAUGGUAUAGUUGUUGGAAUAAUUGACAAUGGUUAAAUAAUGGUUGAAAUAGUUUGGGAUAAACCACGUUUUGGAUAAACUGAUUUAGGUGGAAGAUGUUCUCCAUUAAGAGGAUCAGUAGUACACUUUUUAGAUGUCUUUAAUAUUACUUAAUCAUGGUAAGAAUAAUUAUACACCCAUAAUGGUGGAGCAUAAGUAUAAGGUUGGACAUAUAAAUAAAAAGUAUUUGUUCCUUCAUAUGACAAACCUGAAAAUAAAAAAAAUUAGAAUAAACCAAAAUAAGUUUAGAAAUAAUGA